AUGGGUGAAGGUGCACGUGUACGGCUGGUGGACGAGUUUUCCACUAAAAAAGGUGCUGCGGGUAGUACGGGCAGAAGGAUCGACUCAAGAUCUCGUCAUAGACAACAAAGCCAGGGAUCUGACAGUGCCACCAUAAAUUUCGUCACUGAUGAUAGAGUUGGGGAUCGAAGCCGCGAGUACUCGUCAGAGUAUCGUACCGAAGCGUACGAGGACGACGGGGACGAAAUCGAAGAGGAAUACGUCGAGGAGACGCGCACAAUUAACGAACGUAUCGUGACGAAACGACACGGAUACGGUGCUGCGGCUCAGGACGAAUAUUCCACAAGGCGACAAGGUUACGGUGCUCACGACGAAUAUUCUGCACGGCGCGGGCACGAACAUCGUCGUCAAGAGCAGCAGUCGCGUCGUAGCGACAUGGCGGUCGACUACUCUUCACAGGACUUCCGUCACUCGCUCGCUGCAAUUGAUGCAGCAGCACGGGAUGGAGUUGUAUCUCGCGAUGGUGUUCGCGUACGUCAGCACGGUGAUACUACGAUUAUGACAGAGCAUAGAGAUCCGUAUUCUUUCUACUGGCAAUUAGAUCAACAUCGUCGACGUUCUGAAUCUCCGAAACGCCGACCGCCGCCGACCGAUUAUGUGAUAGAUGAGGAGGAGGUAGUAGAAACCGUCCUUUCUCCCGAAUCCCACGACUCUGGAGUAGCAUUCGAAAAUCAGUAUAGCAGGCCGCUGCGAGUGACUCCACCAGCGCCACCACCACCACCACCUCAAAUAAUCGAAGAAGAACAUAGGCCACUGCCUCCUGGUUGGGAAAAGCAUCAAGAUCCAUCUGGGUUCUCAUACUACUGGCACGUAGACAGUGGAACGAUCCAGCGUGAACCACCGCGUGCGCAGACACCUCCACGCAGUCCAUCACCACCACCACCUGUUUAUUCUAGGACAACGCACAGUCGAGAGACACAAGCAGACGCCCCACUCCCACCACAGGUGAUUCAACUGCCGCCCCAACAACCAGUCAUCGAAGAACAUGCGUUCAAACAAACUACCACAAAGCGGCGUAUUGAAAACGAUCAGGAGAGUGAAGGAGAGGAGUAUGGAUACAGGAAGCCAAUACGAUUUGCUGUGCGCUCACUUGGUUGGACAGAGAUUCCUGAGGAGGAUUUAACAGCUGAAAGGAGCUCAAGGGCAGUGAACAGGGCUAUCGUGGAUCUGUCCACAGGCCGCAACGACGUCAUGGAUAAUGUGAGCAAAUGGGGUGAUGGUCGUGAAUUGAUCAUGGAACUAGACGAUAAUGAACUGACACUUAUUGAUCCCGACACGAUGACAGUCGUACAUUCGGAGAAGAUUCAUCAGAUUCGUGUAUGGGGCGUUGGAAGGGAUAAUGGACGAGAUUUCGCCUAUGUGGCUCGUGAUCGCAAUUCACGUCGUUUUAUGUGUCAUGUGUUCCGCUGCGACACACCAGCGAAAACUAUAGCCAAUACCCUAAGAGAUAUCUGUAAACGGCUAAUGAUGCAUAGAAGGCCAACAAGUUUACAUGCAAUCGAUGCGGUGCCGGAAAGGCGGGUAAUUCGAACUGAUGGGUUACCUACGCCGAAUGAGGAGCCGAAAAAAGUUAUAAGAUGUCAUUUCCUCGGAGUGACUCAAGUGCCACGUGCGACUGGAAUAGAAAUUUUGAAUGAAGCAGUUGAUAGGCUUGUUUCGCAGGUCCGACCAGAGCGCUGGAUAUUAGCUGAUGUCUCGAUUGCCCCCUCAACGAUAACCAUAGCAGAAGUAGGAGGCGGUCAAAUAGCACAAUGUCGCGUACGGUACCUAUCAUUCUUAGGUAUCGGUCGAGAUGUGAAACAUUGUGCGUUCAUCAUGCAUACAUCGUCCGAGAAUUUUAUGUGCUACGUUUUUCACGUGGAACCGUCGGCAGCUGCUAUGGCUAAGACAAUCGAAGCUGCUUGUAAAUUACGCUAUCAAAAGGUGUUAGAUGCUCAUGCUGGACGAGCUCCUUCUCAUAUGAAUCAUCAUCAUGACACUCCGUCAAUCGGCAAGGGAUGGACCGACUCGCUGCGUGAUGUGUUCGGCUCGGUGACGCAACGAAUUGUACCUUCUCGGUCGCUACAAAGCAUAUAA